UGCGCGUCCGUUACUGGCUGGUGUCGCCCGUGAGCCGCCGGGCCGAUGGCACUGCUGCUCCGCGCCGCGCUGUUGGGGGCGGUGCUUGGCUCCGCCUGCGCUGCCGUGCACUUCCGCGAGGAGUUCACGGACGGAGUUAACUGGCAAAGGAGAUGGUUGAAUUCUCAAUAUAAACCUGACCUUGGGAAGUUUAAGCUGACUGCUGGAAAAUUUUAUGGUGACCCUGUCAGAGAUAAAGGUCUGCAAACCUGUGAAAAUUCUAAAUUUUAUGCCAUCUCAUCACGAUUUAAACCAUUUAACAAUAAAGGAAAGACUCUAGUCAUUCAAUAUACGGUAAAACAUGAGCAAAAGAUAGACUGUGGUGGUGGAUACAUAAAACUAUUUUCCUCAAACUUGGAUCAAAAAAACAUGAGUAGUGAGUCACAGUAUUACAUUAUGUUUGGACCAGAUAUUUGUGGAUCUGAAACAAAGAAAGUUCAUGUUAUUUUAAAUUACAAGAAUAAGCUUUAUCCAAUCAAGAAACAAAUCAGGUGCAAGGUUGAUGGAUUUACUCACUUGUACACACUGAUUUUAAGAUCAGAUCAGACAUACAAAGUGAAAAUUGAUAAUGAAAUGAUUGAGUCCGGCAAUCUAGAAGAUGACUGGGAUUUCUUGCCACCAAGGAAGAUAAAUGAUCCUACAGUGAAGAAACCUCAGGAUUGGGAUGAUAUAGCCCAAAUUGAUGAUCCGAAUGAUGUCAAGCCAGAGAAUUGGGAUGAACCUGAAUACAUUCCAGACACUAGUGCCGAGAGAUCUAAAGACUGGAACAAUGCAACUGAUGGAGAAUGGCGACACCCUAUGAUCAAGAAUCCACUGUACAGAGGUGAAUGGAAACCAAGGAAGAUUGAUAACCCUAAUUAUAAAGGAGUUUGGCCCCAUCCGCAGAUUGACAAUCCAAACUACUUGCCAGACUUCAACAUUCUCAGCUAUGAGAACAUUGGUGUCAUAGGACUAGAUAUUUGGCAGGUGAGAGCUGGAACCAUUUUUGAUAAUUUCUUGAUCACAGAUGAUGAAGAAUAUGCAGAAGAUUUUGGAUAUGAAACCUGGGGAGAAACCAAGUGUUGACUUUGCUUCUCUGAAGAUGGAAUGUCCAGUCCUCUCACUCCCAAAGGCGGCCUUUUGCUAUCGUACUCUGUAUCGGCUGCAGAAAGAUACAAAAGCCUGUGGCAGAACUCCUGCCCACUCCACUGCUGACCUCAGGAUUGCUGUUCCCAAGCAAAAAAACCCAAACAAACCCCAAGACAAAAAUGAAUAACCCAUCUGAAUGGGAAAUUGUGGGAACAAGAAAUCCAUCACAAACUGGUCUGUGUUAGGUUAACCUGAGUGAAAUCUUAGUUUCUAAAGGUGAAUAUCUGCCCUCCUUUCUGACUGACUUCUGACUAAAAUGACUACCUGGCUCCCUGUAUCCAUCAUGUUUCCUUUGCAGAUCUACCAGAGGGAUCUUCCCUUCAGGUAGCUAUUAUUUUCUUUUAGGAACGCAGCUUUUUGAAGGGGAUGGACGGAUGGAGAAGAGGGGGAAGAAGCCUGGUUUAUCUUACCUAAACACUUACUAUCCCUUGCUAAUUACCUAGGCUAGGCUAGGGAUUGGCAACCUAUGGCUGGUGGAGCUAUUCUGUCUGGCCCAAAAUGCUGCAGCUUCAUCUGCGUGGUGCCUGGACAGCAGGAAGAAGUAAUAGCAGUGGCAUCAGAAGAAUAAUCCCAGCCUACUGCUCCUGAGGUGUUGCUGACCUGUGACUUGGAGGCAUCUGAAGUUAGAUGCAUCCAAGUGGGUUUCCCACAUCUUGUUCAGAGAAUCCAGAACAGCUGCCAUAUCUUGUGAACGCUGGUACUGUCUCUUAUUCUCUGGCAUUUCCAGGCUAACGAUGU